AUGGAUGACUAUCUUUCCAACUUUGGUGCUGACCUCCUAGCCAUGGAAGAGAAUGAACGCCACAGAAAUGACAUCGUCCAAAUCCAAGUGGGCGAGCGCCUAUUCAUCACGACACGGGGAACUCUUACGUCGGGAAGCGACUACUUCCAGAAACAUUUUGCCGAUCCCAACCUAACGAACAAGAGACUUUUCCUCGAUUUGGACCCGGACGUGUUCCAGUACGUCCUGCGCUACCUCCGACACGGCACCAUGCCGCUGUUUUACGACCGGACCAAAGGCCACGACUUUGCACACUACCGGACACUCGCAGACGUGGCGCAAAAGCUGGGCGUCGCGAGGCUCUCCAGCUGGUGCAUGGAGGCGAGGUUCACCGACGCGCUGCGGAUACAACGGUCCGUCGAGGUGCACCGCGACGUUGAGCCCGAGGACGUGGCUCUGCUGGCGGGCGGCGAGACGAGAGCCGGGCUCGGCAAGACGAUUCUGCAUCCCCGGUGGUUGGUCAAGAGGGUGUGGGUUUGCCCGUCGGCGAUCCUUGGCCAUGCCGAAGACCCUGCCGUCUGCCGCGAGCAGUGCCCCGGCCUGUCGGUCGAGGGGGAUCGGUGGCGUGAGAGGGUGGUUCUAGAUGUGCUGGUCAUCAAGAAGGCGCUCGUGCUCAACAGGUGCUGGUGGGGGAUGCUGGGAGAUAAGGGACACUCGAAUGGUGUCUAG